GGAAAACAUAUAUCAUAAUAACGAAGACUAAUUUUCUGAAAUGGUCUCACAAAGAGUUGUACGCUACGUUGGGUAUGCUGGAGCAGCAGCAAACUGGCUUGUUCCAAUUGCUGGUAUCGUGAAUUUUUCAUCCCGCCCGAUAAAUGAUAUCGAUGUAAAAAUGACAUCAGUACUUUGUGUCUAUAGCUUAUUGUUCUUACGUUGGUCAAUCGCCGUUUCACCAGUCAAUUAUCCGUUGUUCUUCUGCCAUGCAACAAACAGCACGGUCCAGGCUGCGACAUUACUUCGACUUGGCUAUGCUAAGAUAACUCAAAAACCUAAUAAGCAAUUAAUUAAGUAAUUCAUUGAUUAUUUAUAUUCGAGGUUGGCAUAACUGCAUAGACUUAUUUAUUGCUUAUGCCUCAACUUUUCAAUAUAUUCAGGUGCAAUUUUCUCUCAUUUCGCUCGAUUUUUGUGUUGCUAUUAAAGUUAUAAUUUGUUGCCUUUGCAUUUGGUAAAGGGCAUACAUUACGCUUUUAUAUAAAUUAAUUUAAUUUUCGGCACAGGUGACGAAGGCUCGAGAGAAAGUAUAUUUGUCCACUUAAAGGAGAGAAAAAAGGCUCAAAAAUCCAGGAUUUUAAAGUAGUUACGUAUCCAGGAUAAAACCUCAGAAGCGAAUUUGUAUUUUUUUAUUGUAAUCGGAUUUAAUUACUUUAGCUGUGAAACUGCAACUAUAGUAAAAUGAAUCAGUAGUGCUACCUUUAGAAAAGUAUUCGUAUAAAAUAACUACAUUUGACAUU